AUGUUGUGGGAGUCCAGCCUAAUCGAGGAGUCGGAGAUGAUGCCACAGACAGUACCUCGAUCCGGGUGUAGCCCGCCGUCAGCCUCCCAGGGUGAAAGAACUGUUCCAGCCUCGCCGGCGGAUAUUCAUCAUCUGUUGCGCAUAUUGGGCGCCGCCUCCCCUCCAGAACCGAUGUUGCAUUCCCCUCCUAAUCCACACGCGAAGCCGCCCCCUCCUUAUCCCGAGGACAACAACGGCUUCCUAGAGCGAUUGUACGAUUUCGAGGGCUACCCAACACCGUCUCCUUCGUCCGACGAAGGAUCCAUUCCCACGGUGGCGUUGCAACCACCCUCGCCCUACAACUCUUUUCAGUACUCCCCACCAGUCUAUGUCAAGGAGGAACCGAACAGAUUGUCCGUCCCAGAAUUCGCUUCUCCCUAUCCCCUUUCGCCUUCGGGUUCCUGCGUUUCCUACAGCAGUCACAAUCAAUAUUCUUCACCGGUCUCACAUCACGAAGAUUAUAUAGACAUCGAAGAGUUGUUGAAAGAGAAUCAAAUACUGCAAGAAAGUGUCCAGCAUACGUACAUCACACCUAAACUUGAAGUGGAGGAGCCUCGGGAUCACAUUCUACUAAGAUCAGCCCUUGAAGACACAUCAUUCCAGAAGCGGCUGAACCUCAGGCCUAUUCCUUUAGAAUUGGGCAGUGUGAAGAUGGAAGAAAGUAGUGGCGGUGCGAGCGGAACUGGCGACGAUGCACUAGUAGCCCCAGACAUAGACCGUGUGCUCUCGAUGGCAAUCGAACAGUCCAAACGAGAUGUGGACAAUACCUGUACCGUACUUGGAAUCUCACCUGAUCCAAUGCAAUGGAGUGCCGAUGACGUGAAGUCUUGGGUGAUGUUCACACUGCAACACUUCAACCUACCAAUGGUUCCAGCCGAGUACUUCUCAAUGGAUGGAGCAGCGUUAGUCGCCCUCACGGAGGAAGAGUUCAACCGUAGAGCUCCACAGGCUGGAAGUACAUUAUAUGCCCAACUGGAGAUAUGGAAGGCUGCGAGACACGAGAGCUGGAGGCCGACGCCAUGGUCUGAGUCUGAACAGGCUUCGCCUAAACCCGCGCAAGUUUUGCCAUCAGCAGAGGACAUGAGCGAUGAUGAAGAUUCGGAGUCUGUAGGAGUAAGUGCAGCAUCAGCGGGAGGAAAGGCCAAAUCUGGCAGCACACAUAUACAUCUUUGGCAAUUCCUGAAGGAACUCCUGGCAUCCCCACAGAUACAUGGGUCCGCUAUCCGAUGGUUAGAUCGAAGUAACGGUGUGUUCAAAAUUGAGGAUUCCGUGCGUGUCGCGAGGCUAUGGGGCAAGCGUAAGAACAGGCCGGCGAUGAACUACGACAAACUGUCGCGGAGCAUACGUCAGUACUACAAGAAGGGCAUAAUGAAGAAGACGGAGAGGAGCCAGAGGCUGGUGUACCAGUUCUGCCACCCGUACUGCCUG